AUGGGCGCUGGAGGAGCACGCCUCCUCGGGCUCCACUGGGCCCUGCCUCUUCUGCUCCUCAUGGGAAGCAUGGCCCAGGACUUCCCACCCCAGAUCCUAGUCCAUCCCGAGGACCAGCUGUUCCAGGGCCCCAACCCGGCCAAGAUGAGCUGCCGGGCCUCAGGUCAGCCGCCUCCCACCAUCCGCUGGCUGCUGGAUGGGCACCCCCUGAGCAUGGUGCCCCCAGACGUUCACCACCUCCUCCCUGACGGAACCCUCCUGCUGCUGCGGCCCCCUCCCCGGGGACGUGCCCACGACGACCGCACCCGAUCCACGGACCUGGGAGUCUACACCUGUGAGGCCAGCAACCGGCUGGGCACGGCAGUCAGCCGGGGCGCGCGGCUGUCCGUGGCUGUCCUCCAGGAGGAUUUCCAGGUCCAGCCUCGGGACACAGUGGCUGCAGUGGGCGAGCAGGUGCUUCUGCAGUGUGAGCCGCCCUGGGGCCACCCAGAGCCCACUGUCUCAUGGUGGAAGGAUGAGAAACCCCUGGCCCUGGAGCCAGGGCGGCACUCGGUGUCCCAAGGCUCCCUGCUGAUGGCAAGAGCAGAGAAGAGUGACGCAGGGGCCUACAUGUGUAUGGCCACCAACAGUGCAGGACGACGGAAAAGCCGGGUGGCCAGGGUGUCCAUUCAGGAGCCCCGGGACUACAAGGAGCCCCUGGAGCUUCUGGCUGUGCACAUUCAGCUGGAAAACGUGACCCUGCUGAACCCAGACCCCAAGAAGGGCACCAAGCCUGGGCCAGCUGUAUGGCUCAGCUGGAAGGUGAGCGGCCCCGCGGCACCUGCUCAGUCCUACACGGCCCUGUUCAGGACCCAGGCAGCCCCUGGGGGCCAGGGCACCCCGUGGGCAGAGGCCCUGCUGGCUGGCUGGCAGAGCGCAGAGCUUGGAGGCCUCCACUGGGGCCAAGACUACGAGUUCAAAGUGAGACCGUCCUCCGGCCGCGCUCAAGGCCCCGACAGCAACGUGCUGCUCCUGAGGCUGCCUGAACAAGUGCCCAGUGCCCCUCCCCAGGAGGUGACCCUAAAACCUGGCAACGGCAGUGUCCUUGUGAGCUGGGUCCCACCACCUGCUGAAAACCACAAUGGCAUCAUCCGUGGCUACCAGGUCUGGAGCCUGGGCAACACCUCAUUGCCCCCGGCCAACUGGACCGUGGUGGGUGAGCAGACCCAGCUGGAGAUUGCCGCUCGCAUGUCAGGUUCCUACUGCGUGCAAGUGGCUGCAGUCACUGGCGCGGGCGCUGGGCAGCCCAGCAGCCCUGUCUGCCUCCUAUUAGAGCAGGCCAUGGAGCGAGCUGCCCAGCAACCCAAUGCGCACAGCCCAUGGACCCUGGAGCAGCUGUGGGCAGCCUUGAAGCGGCCAGAGGUCAUCGCCAGCGGGGGUGUCGUGCUGUGGCUGCUGCUGCUGGCCACGGCCGUGUGCAUCCACCGCCGGCGCCGAGCUGGCGUGCACCUGGGCCCAGGUCUGUACAGGUACACCAGUGAGGAUGCCAUCUUAAAACACAGGAUGGAUCACAGCGACUCCCCCUGGCUGGCAGACACAUGGCGCUCCACCUCUGGCUCUCGAGACCUCAGCAGCAGCAGCAGCCUCAGCAGUCGGCUGGGAGUGGACCCCCGGGACCCGCUAGAAGGUCGCUGCUCUUUGAUCUCCUGGGAUCCCCGAAGCCCUGGAGUGCCCCUGCUUCCUGACACCAGCACUUUCUAUGGCUCCCUCAUCGCCGAGGGGCCUUCCAGCCCCCCAGCCCGGCCAAGCCCCCAGGCCCCAGCUGCCAGGCGGCUCACACCCCAGCUGGCCCAGCUCUCCAGCCCCUGGCCCAGUUCAGACAGCCUCUGUGGCCGCCGGGGUCUCUCUUCCCCACGCUUGUCUCUGGCCCCCGCAGAGGCCUGGAAGGCCAGAAAGAAGCAGGAGUUGCACCAGGCCAACAGCUCCCCACUGCUCCGGGUCAGCCACCCUGCGGAGCUCUGGGCCUGCGAGGUGAGCAACAGAGGCUCCAAGAACUUUCCCCAAAGCCCAGGAGCUGUGCCCCGUGCCCUGGUGGCCUGGCGGGCGCUGGGGCCACAGCUCCUCAGCUCCUCCAGUGAACUGAUGGCUCGUCCUUUGCCCCCGGUACCACUCGCUCCCCGUGGGCCCCCCACCCAGAGUCAACAGACCCAGCGCUCGGUGGAGCCCCCAGCCCCCACCUCCCCUCCACCGCCAGCAGCCCCCAUCCCCGCCCUCAUUCCCUCCGGUACCCUCCGCCCUUCCAGCCUCCAGGCCUCCUCCCUCUCUGGUCCCAGCCCAGCGUCCAGCCGCCUGUCCAGCUCGUCGCUGUCGUCCCUGGGGGAGGAUCAGGACAGCGUGCUGACCCCUGAGGAGGUGGCCCUGUGCCUGGAGCUCAGUGAGGGUGAGGAGACCCCCAGGAACAGCGUCUCUCCGAUGCCAAGGGCGCCCUCCCCUCCCAUCACCUAUGGCUACAUCAGCGUCCCCACGGCCUCGGACCUAGCAGACAUGGGCAGGCCUGGAGGAGGAGUGGGGUCCGAGGUGAGGGGCUUGCUGUGCCCACCUCGGCCCUGCCUCACACCCACCCCCAGCGAGGGCUCCUUAGCCAACGGCUGGGGCUCAGCCUCAGAGGACAACGGCCCCAGCGCCAGAGCCAGCCUGGUCAGCUCCUCUGAUGGCUCCUUCCUCGCUGACGCCCACUUCGCCCGGGCCCUGGCUGUGGCAGCGGACAGCUUUGGCUUUGGUCUGGAGCCCAGGGAGGCAGACUGCGUCUUCACGGAUGCUUCAUCCCCUCCCUCGCCCCGGGAUGACCUCUCCCUGACUUCUACCCUUUCCCUGACCCCGUGGGAGUGGAGGUCAGACUGGUUGGAGGACAUUGAGAAAAAUCCCACCCAGUGGCUGGGAAGGGGGCUGCCUCCCUGGCCACCUGAAUCUCGGCUCUCUUCCCAGAAAAGUCAGCUCAGCUCUCCUGUGCCCAAAGCUGGCGACUCCUGA